AUGGCUGCAACCGGUGGUAUGCCUUUACUAAGUGGUAAUAUUUCUAAAGAACUUGCUGAUAAGCUUAAAAGGAGAAGUGGAGCUGAUCAAUCGGAACAACCCGAAUCACCAGUUGGUGAGAAAUCGACACCACCAUCAAUUGCUAAGAAACCGAUCGGUUUUAAUCCACUGCUUGGAAAGAAAAUGCCAGCCCAAAAUUCCUCACCAUCAAAUGAAAAACCGACUCCACCAGCUGUUGCAAAGAAACCGAUCGGAUUUAAUCCGAUAACCGCACAAAAAACACCAAAUCGACAGUUUGGUAACGAUAUAGCCAAAGAAUUAAAUGCCAAGCUUAAAAUUCAGAGCCCAUUUGCAACUCCUCCUAGAGGAGUUAAAUUACCGAUUCAGACUAUGAGACAGAAUAGCGAUGGAGGAACGCCGAAUAAAUUAUUGAAUCAGCAAAAACAAGACGAGCCUGUACAGUAUGACAAGGAUGGUAUGCCAAUUAGUAGUUCACCUGUUCUGAAUCAUAGCGCUGCGCGUGAUAGGAUACGUGUUAUGCCAAAGAAAAAUAGAAGAGGCACUAAGCAUCUAAGUCUCGAUUUUGACUCUCACAUGGAUCAAGGGGAAACCAAUGUCAGAGUUUCGAAUAAGGAUAAAUCGAGAGAAGAAGGUCGAGAUAGAAGAUCGGUAGCUGUCUCUCCUACUGUUGAUUAUGCAAUGGAAGUUGAUCAGGAAAUUACGAUAUCCAAAGUAUCAAAAGAUAUCUCUAAAAAGACAGAUACGAAGGACAAUGCUAAUACCCUUCUAACUGAAACUGAAGACGACACUGAAGAAAUGUUUGUUUAA